GGAUGGGUGGCCUGGCCGCCCUGACACUUCGCCUGUGCGGUCCUCAGGAUCUGGUGAAAUCCCACCUCAUGUUUGCGGUCCGGGAGGAGGUGGAGGUGCUGAAGGAGCAGAUCCGGGACUUGGCGGAGCGCAACGCGGCGCUAGAGCAAGAGAACCGCCUGCUGCGCACCCUGGCCAGCCCGGAACAGCUGGCCCAGCUGCCCUCCUCGGGGCUCCCCCGCCUCGGGCCCCCUGCACCCAACGGCCCCUCCAUCUGAGCCUCCUGUGCCUCACAAUGUGCCUUUGGGGCUGCCAUGGCCGCAGGGCCUUGUGCCAGCUGCCUGCCCCCUCUUCCUAUGCAGCUUUAAUGCCCCCUGAUCCCAAGGAUUGGGAGUGCAAGGCUCAGCAGUGGCCUGUGCCCCCCUCCCUAGCCCGGUCUCCCCAGUCCCAGGCUUGAAGGAGGAGGGAGGGCUCAGCAUGGGGCAUGGAUGGAUGGCAUCCCCUCCGCGAGCUUGCUCGAGCCAGUGAUUGAUGCCAGCCCCUCCCGCCCAGGCGUCAGGGUUCUGGGCCCCCAGCAGUAGGUGGUUAGGAGGAGGGGCUGCAGGCUUCCUGGUGGACCCCUCCUUGACCUUAUUCGCCCAAAGUGUCCCCUGCACUGCCCAGGAGAGGGCAUAUGGACAGUAUCCGGAAGUUCUGGGAUUCAGGUUGCUCUUAAAAUAAUAAUUAUAAUUACAAAAUCUGAAGAAACUUGAACUUGGAGGUGGGCGUGCUUUUGCUUUCUUCCAGACCUGUGAGGGGGCGGUGCCAGUACUGUGAGCCUGCCUGCCCGGGCUGGGAUGGUUCGGAGUGGUGGAGACAGAGUGGUCAACAGAGGGACAGGAGACGGAAUCCAGAGGUGCAGGUCCUGGGAAGGGGCAGGCAGGGGACAAGAGUGGGGGGCAGAGAAACAAUGAGGCCUGUGGCCAGGGUGCUGGAUCCACCCUCAGCUUCCCAGCGAGCCCCCCAUUCCGCGGCUGGAUCCUGGUGGCUGCUGGGGGCGGGGCGGGGGUCCUCAAUGGGCCCCUUGUCUCCAGCCUGGGUGCGAGCCAGGCUCCCGGGCACAUGGUGCCCUGCCCAGGUCUGGCUGGCCACAGUGGCUUCCACCCCCAGCUGGCUGAGGACCGCCCUCCAGGGAGCAGGCUCCUCCCUGGCA